AUGUCGUCUACCGUAUGCCCGACCUACCAAAAAUCCAUCUUCAUUUCCGGAAUGAAUAUAUUAUUCUACGUUCAAACGCCAAUCCUCGCAUUUAUGGGUUACUGUAUCCUGUUCAAAUCGUCCGCCGCCAUGGCGACGUUCAAAAAAAUGCUCUUUCAUCAGGUCGUUUGGUGAGUUGGUCGCAGGUGGAAUGGAUCUCGACGCGUUGCGGUCGCGCUGCGUUUCCAGUUGUCGGGUUAUGCUAUGGGCGGAAGUAGGUUUUGGUCGGGUGCGCUUUGGCCGCAACGCGUUGAGCUUGAAGGUGUUCGGAGCCCUGAAAAAGAUAAUGCAAUUUCAAAAAUAACUAUUAAGGUUGCAAAUAAGCGGACUUAUUAUGGGCAUCCUGGUGAUUCCGGUCAUGUGUACCCCGGUCGGCGCCACGUCUUUCAACGGAUUUUUAAACGUUUUGGGAAUCUCGCCCAUUAUUCAAUACUAUCUCUACUUUUGUUCUGUUGGAGGUGAGAGUCGAGAAAAAUGCGGCGGCAUUUGGAAUGGUUAGGAGGCGUCGCGGCUCGAAAAAUGUUAACUCCAAGGAAAAAGGGGUGACAGAGGCUCCUUUUUUGCGCCAUUUCAUCGGCUUUUAUGAACCCUUUUUCCACUGUUUCUCUAGAAAAAUGGAAGGUUCGGUAUAGCGACUUAUGGUUCGGUAUAGGGACGCUGCCUUUUUGCUGCCCUUUUGCUGCCUUUUUGCGGCCCGUUUGCGGCCUUUUUGCUGCCUUUUAGCAGCCUUUUUGAGGCCUUUUUCCUGCCCUUUUGCGGCCUUUUUGCGACCUUUUUGCAGUCCUUUUGUGGCCUUUUGUUGGCUCUUUUGAACCCCUUUUCCACCAAGGGAAGGUUCGGUAUAGGGAGUCUCUUUGCUGCCUUUUUGAGGCCUUUUGCGGCCUUUUCCGUCUUUUUUGCAGCCUUUUUGCGGCCUUUUCUUGAGCCUUUACAGUUCUAGAAAAAUGAAAGGUUUGUUAGAGACUCCUUAUGCUGCCCUUUCGCGACCCUUUUGUGGCCUUUUUGCAGCCUUUUCGAGGCCUUUUUGCGGUCUUUUUGCGACUUUUUUUGAGUCUCUCCCUAAUGGCCCGAGUCUGGAAGUGGAGACCUUUGAACGACUCACGCCGCGACGCAUUCUGAGCCAUUCCCAUUGCGACCCCAAAUUCAAAACUGAAUGAACUUUUCCCAGGAGUCGUCGCCUCAACGAUGGCCCUCCUAGAGAACCGCUUCCACAUGUCCCUUCCACCCUAUUCCAUUUGCAAACUCCCCAACAAAGUUCGAUACGUGUGGUUCAUCGUGAGGUCGGCUCUGCUGAUAAAUCUGGGCGUUCCCAUUAUCGUUUUCGCCGAGGAGGACAUGACCAACACCCGGAACCAGUACAUAGCGGUGAGAACAUCAGAACCGGAAUCAAGGAUUUCGUUAAUUUUAGCAGUACCCCUGCGUCGCCGUGGAGCUCCAACGCAAGGAGAUCUUCAUGUUUCCUCAGUCGAUUUCGGGUCCUUUGAAAUAUUUCAAUCAAGUCGUCGUCUUCAUCUGCGUCAUUGAGAUGUUCAUCUACAUUUUUGGAGCUUAUUGGUAGGACUUCCUGAAAAUGUAGUCUUGACCACGAUUUUUCUUGUAGGACCCUUGGUAAAUCCUGUGAGAAGCUGCAGGUUUCGGAGAACACCAGGAAGCUUCAAAGGCGCUAUUUCAAGGCGAUUUUGAUACAGGUAUUUUUUUUUGAGGUCGCACUUGGAAUGGCUCGAAGCGUUGCGACUCUUUCGAUGUACGCGAGCCAUUCCAAAUGCGGCCUUUGAAUUUGAAAUAGAAUGGAGGAUAAUUUUUGAAAUUCAGGAACUUGUACCGUGGCUCCUGGCCUACAUGCCUAAAAAUAUGAUCAGCAUUUUUGGGACUCUUACCGCCCAGACAAGCUUGAGUUGGUUUUUCUCCUUUUUUUUCUCAAAAAUCCAUCAGUUGGCGUAUUAUUUAUCUUGAAAACAUGUAGUAAACUUGAAUGUCUAGGAGAAAAAAAGAAGGGAGUUUUAUUUUUUUAAAAAGAGAAUGGCUGUCCACACAACAGUUGGCUUUGAAAUCCUCAGAAUCAUUAAAAUUGGAAUAUUUACGCUCUUCGAGCCAUUCCAAAUGCGACCAAACGAUCCCAAAAAAUGGAGAACAAACUUAGACCCUUCCAAAAUGAUCUUCAAGAGAAAAAACCGCGCAUUUCCAGACAUGAACAACCUGUCGACCUUCCUGAUGACCGCCCACGGAAUCUGGUCCUCAAUCACCCUUCUCAUCCUCAUCAAGCCAUACCGAGACUUUAUCCGCAAAUCUCUGGGCAUUCGUCCAACCCCGAAACCUGUCAACCUGUUCUCCAAGAGCUCCGCAACCCAUAGUCAGAUCACCACCCCUAUUUGA